UCGGUAAACUUUGGGGGCCCUCCCUUCCCGCGAGGAGAGAGGGGGGUGGGUGGUAAUCCGUCGCUGUGCGACCGCGAGCGUGCGGUAACGGCAGCAGCGACAGCAACAGGAGAGGGCGGCGGGGGGAGCUUAGCUUAGGGUGGGGGUGUGAUAGUCGUCAUCCCCCGUCCCACGAUUCGACGCUGCCCCCGACUUGAGCACACAUUUUCUUCUCUCCUGAAGCAAAAGUCACUCAAGACUAGUCCGACAAAACCUAGGGGUACUAUGGCUAUUUCAAUGAGGGAAGUGGAUCCGGUCUUUCAAGGGGCUGGUCAGAAAGAUGGAUUGGAAAUAUGGCGGAUUGAAAAAUUGCAAGCUGUUCCUGUUCCCAAGGAAUCACAUGGGAGAUUUUUCACAGGAGAUUCCUAUGUGAUACUGAAGACAAGUGCUCUUAAAAAUGGUUCUUUUCGGCAUGAUAUUCAUUAUUGGCUUGGUAAAGAUACUAGUCAGGAUGAAGCUGGCACAGCUGCAAUCAAGACUGUAGAGUUGGAUGCUGCUCUUGGUGGACGUGCUGUUCAAUAUCGCGAAGUACAGGGGAAUGAGACAGAGCGAUUUCUUUCAUAUUUUAAACCUUGUAUCAUACCAGUGGAAGGUGGAAUUGCAUCUGGUUUCAGGCAUACUGAAAUCAAUAAACAGGAGCAUGUGACAAGGUUAUUUGUCUGCCGAGGAAGGCAUACAGUCCAUGUCAAAGAGGUUCCAUUUGCACGAUCAUCACUCAACCAUGAUGAUAUAUUUAUUUUAGAUACAAAGUCCAAAAUAUUCCAGUUCAAUGGAUCGAAUUCAAGUAUCCAGGAGAGGGCUAAAGCCCUUGAGGUUGUGCAAUAUUUGAAAGACACCAACCAUGAGGGCAAAUGUGACGUAGGUGCAGUUGAGGACGGCAAGCUGAUGGCAGAUGCUGAUGCUGGUGAAUUCUGGGGCCUCUUUGGUGGAUUUGCACCUCUUCCAAGAAAAACCUUUUCUGAUCUUAAUGGAAAAGAUCCUGCUUUCUCUUCGAAGUUGAUCUGUAUAAAUAAGGGUAAGACAGUACCAGUUGAUUGUGAUGUUCUAACAAGAGAGCUGCUAGAUUCGACAAAGUGCUAUCUACUAGACUGUGGAUCUGAAAUUUAUGUCUGGAUGGGUAGAGAAACACCUCUUGAAGAGAGGAAGCAGGCAGGAUCUGCUGCUGAGGAAUUACUUCGUGAAGGAAAGAGGCCAAAAUCUCAUAUUGUUCGUCUCAUGGAAGGAUUUGAGACUGUUAUAUUCAGAUCCAAAUUCAGCAAAUGGCCUAAGAAAGCUGAUGCCGUUGUGUCUGAUGAGAGCAGAGGAAAAGUUGCAGCUCUUCUUAAGCGGCAAGGAUUUAAUGUUAAGAGUCUUGCAAAAGCUGCUCCUGUGAAGGAAGAGCCGCAACCUCAAAUUGAUUGCACAGGCAACCUACAGGUUUGGCGCGUAAAUGGCAGUGAAAAGACUUUCCUUUCAUUCUCUGAGCAAUGCAAAUUCUACAGUGGGGAUUGUUAUAUAUUUCAAUAUAGCUAUCCUGGUGAAGAGGGCGAGGAGUGUCUCAUUGGUACCUGGUUUGGGAAAAAGAGUGUUCAGGAGGAGAGGACUACAGCCACUUCAGUUGCUAGCAACAUGAUUGAGUCUCUAAAAUUUCAGGCAGUCAUGGUUCGCCUUUAUGAAGGAAAGGAGCCUGCAGAGUUUUUCUCAAUAUUUCAGAACCUGGUUAUAUUCAAGGGUGGUGUUAGUACUGGGUAUAAGAAUUUUGUCUCAGAAAACAGUAUUGAGGAUGAUACAUAUUCAGAAAAUGGGGUUGCUCUUUUCCGGGUUCAAGGUUCAGGACCAGAAAACAUGCAAGCCAUUCAAGUUGAUACGGCUGCUUCAUCUCUGAACUCUUCUUAUUGUUACUUACUUCAUGAUGGAGAUACAUUAUUUACAUGGAUUGGGAAUCUAAGCUCGUCAAUGGACCAAGAGCUUGCUGAGAGGCAGUUGGAUGUGAUCAAGCCAAAUCUUCAAUCCAGAAUACUCAAGGAAGGGUCAGAAUAUGAUCAGUUUUGGAAGUUACUUGGAGUCAAGUCAGAGUACGCCAGCCAAAAGAUUGCUAAAGAUCAAGAAAGCGAUCCUCAUUUAUUCUCUUGUACUUUUUCAAAGGGAGUGCUUAAGGUUAAAGAAAUAUUCAACUUUACUCAAGAUGAUUUGAUGACAGAGGACAUUUUUAUUUUGGACUGUCAUUCAUGUGUCUUUGUAUGGGUUGGACAACGUGUGGACACAAAAACGCGAGCACAAGCUUUGAGCAUUGGAGAGAAAUUUCUUGAACUUGACAUUUUAAUGGAGAACUCCUCGCAAGAAACACCAGUUUAUGUCAUCACUGAAGGGAGUGAGCCCCAAUUUUUCACCAGGUUCUUCACUUGGGACUCUGCAAAAUCAGCUAUGCAUGGGAACUCAUUUGAAAGGAAGCUAUCUAUAGUGAAGGAUGGAGUAAAGCCAAAAAUAGAUAAACCUAAAAGAAGGCCAACGACGUCAUCAUCACACACUGGACGAUCCAGUGUACCUGAUAAAUCUCAGCGUUCCAGAAGUAUGUCAUUCAGUCCUGAUCGUGUAAGAGUUAGAGGAAGAUCACCAGCAUUCAAUGCAUUAGCUGCUAACUUUGAGAACCCAAAUGCUCGGAAUCUAUCAACACCUCCACCAGCUGUUAGAAAACCAUCUCCAAAGUCUGUCUCUCCAGAUUCUACAAAGCCACCUCAGCGGUCUGCUUCAAUUGCUGCAAUUUCUGCUUCUUUCGAGCGGCCUAGACCAACUCUGAUACCAAAGUCAAUUAAAGCGAGUCCUGAUGUAAACAAACCCCAACUUGAAGCAAGCAAGCCGAAACCAGAGGCAAAUGGCAAGGAUAGUACCCCUGUGAAGGAUAGUCCAACUGUAACUCCAACGAUAAAGGAAGAUGUGAAGGAGGGGCAGCCAGAAGAUGAGGAAGGGCUCCCUGUGUAUCCAUAUGAGCGCUUGAGGACAUCUUCCACCAAUCCUGUGACAGACAUUGAUGUUACAAGGCGUGAGACAUAUCUAUCUGCGACAGAGUUCAGGGAAAGGUUUGGGAUGGCAAAGGAGGCUUUUGCGAAGCUACCAAAGUGGAAGCAGAAUAGGCUAAAGAUUGCCCUUCAAUUGUUUUGAAAUCUCUCACCGUGAAACAAGACAGUGUUUUGAACAGUUAGUGAAAAGGACAAUUUGAUUAGACUGGUUCCGAAGGUAGAAUCAUGUUUACCAGUCGCUUUGUGGUCUCUUGCGAGGUUGCAGUGUAUGCAGCAUUGGUUGUAAGUUUAUCCUGGCUUGGGUCAAGGGACCCUUGUCAGGUAUUGGCGGGCGCAGGACCAGUGAAUUUUUAGCUGCUCCUGCUUCCAAAUAUGUGUUGUUGUUCACUGACAAUUUUUCAUGUUGUCUUGGAUUGCUGCAUUAGCGGUCCAGUUACUCCAAUUUUUUCUACCAUUCCUAGGUCAGGGUUUGGUUGUGAGUUUGAUCCCUUCCCCCCUUAAAAGCCUCAUAUUUGUUUGAUUUAUUUUUUAAACUAGAGGGUUCCCUGGGACAAUAAGGGAGACGUAUAUGGUGUAACUUCGGCAACAGAAAAUGGUGUACAAAAGAGUUUGUUGAAGAA